CCCACCGCCCACGGAAGACUCCUUGGCUUCGUUUGUCGCUUUUUCUAUCUCUCGAUAUAAGACCGAGCACGGUGUCGUCGUUCUCGUCGUCGUUGAAGCCUUCCUCUUCAAUCUCAGCAGCUAUAACUACCAGUAGUUAUAUAGUAGGCAGAUCGAUUCUCUACUACUCCACCCUACUCUAGUUACUCUAGUACUAUCAAAGAUAGCCCUCUCCUCCAGCCGCCGAGCGACUCGGGAACCAACCAAUAGGCCAAUCAGAUCCAACAGACAGGCGUCCACUUGCAUACAGGCCUAUUACACACCUCUGUCACCCUUUCUCUUCUUCGAUUCUUCUCGUUGCACCUUCCAUCGCACCAAGCAACCUCACCUUGCACUCUGAAAUUUGUUUCUCGUUCGCAUCUGUCGCUCUCUCUCUCUCUCUUCCCAGGGCUGCGGGGAGUUUCGAACAAUAAACGACUAUCGUCGAUUACAACACACAGCAAUGGUUUCACUCAGGAGGUCACUGUUCGGCGCGUUGGCACUGGCUACCGCAGUACUCGGUCAGGUCUCCAGCUUCUGCGCCUCCGGUGACGGCAACGUAUGCGCCGCCGUCAACGUCCCCUCGUCGGGCACCGACACCUAUUUCCAGGUGAAGGGAUCCACGAAUUCUGGAUGGGUUGCCAUGGGUCUUGGUAGCGCCAUGGCGGGCUCGUUGAUCUUCGUCGUCUACCCGAAUUCCAACGGCAGGAACGUGACCGUUUCCCCGCGUCUGGGAAGGGGACACAUCGAGCCCCAGUAUCAGAGUAGCAUCCAGAUCACCCUCCUGGGGGGCUCCGGUAUCAGCGGCGGCAUCAUGACGGCCAACUUCAAAUGUUCGAAUUGUCGCGACAGACUCAGCGUUACCUCGACUCGACAGGACUUCAUCUGGGCUGCCGGCCCGGGCACCGAAAUCACAUCCAACGACCCGUCGGAGACCAUCACACAGCACUCGGACAAUGGCAACUUCCGUCUCGAUCUCGUCAGGGCCACCGGCGGCGAUACCACGAACCCGUUCGUGACGGCGAGCGGUGCUUCGCCCACGGAUACCAAUCAGAACACCACCGGCGGCAGUUCGGUCGCAGCUCCGCAGAGCAAGGCCGACAAAGUUUUGAUCGCACAUGGUGUAAUAAUGGCUUUGACAUGGGUCAUACUCUUCCCUCUGGGGGCUGCCUUCAUAAGACUCCUUUCGGGCCGUCUGUCCAAUGCGUUUGUGAUGCAUCGGACUCUUCAGCUCUUCAAUGUCCUCCUCGCGAUUGUUGGAAUGUCCAUGGGAAUGUGGACUAGCGGGCUCAAUGGAACGCACUUCAAUCACUUCCACAAAUACUUUGGCGUCGUCCUCGUGGGAAUGCUGUUCGUGCAGGCAGCUUUGGGACAGCUGCACCACGCUGAGUUCCAACGCACGGGGAAGCGCAGCCCUUGGUCGUAUGCGCACAUCUGGAUGGGCCGCACCGUGAUCAUUCUUGCCAUCAUCAACGGCGGAAUCGGACUCGGCCCCAGUCUCGCGAACGCUUCCAGCGGACAGAUCGCCGCUUACUCGGUCGUCGCAAUACUCGUGGUGGUUACAUAUACCGCUUUCUAUCUGCUGCAGCAGAGGGGCAGAUCUCUGGAGACGCAGAAGAGGUCGGCCGGGCCACAGAGGAGGAGGUCGACGGGAACGCAGAGGAGGUAGGAUGCGGGACGCAACAAGUUACGCAACGUUAAUGAUUAAUAAUGGCUGCGGGGAGUUUUUUAUUCUUUUUUUCUUUAUGGGGAAUUCGUUCUGGUUUAUUGCUUUAUUCCGGGCAAAGGGAUGGCUGGUGGCUUAGAUAUCAAUUGGGGGUUUUUUUUGGUUAUCUACCGGUGAUGAUCGCAUGAAUAAUUUCUUCUGGUUGGGUUUUAUUUGUAAAAAUGAUUGCUCUUUACGCUUCACAUGCCCCUACAUACGUGCGGGAUCACUGCCGAUCCAGGUAUGGUACCGCGGUUACGGACAAAUAGCGGGGAGUGGGGUAACUAAGUCAGGUACCGUU